AUGUUCUUAUGGCGCAAACCAAGGGAGAGGUGCAAGAAUCCCUGGCAGGAUAGAUAUCACAGAUUAGUUCAGGAAAAAUUUCUAUCCCUUGCACCCCUCAUUCUCUUGACCAAACUUGACUCGUGUUACAGCCACUCUCGUGCACACCCGUCGCGCGACCGCGAUCUGAACUCCCCCAUCACCCUGCGGACCCGCAAGUUCCUUAGUAACCGUCUGCUCCAGCGCAGGCAGAUGGUGCUUGAGGUGAUCCACCCAGCCCGCCCGAACGUGUCGAGGAGCGAGCUGCAGGAAAAGAUUGGCGAGUUGUACAAGACCCCCAAGGAACAGGUCUCGGUGUUCGGCAUGCGCACGCACUUUGGUGGUGGUCGUUCGACAGGUUUCGCUCUUGUGUAUGACAGCCAGGAGGCCAUGAAGAGCUUUGAGCCGACGCACCGCAUUGUUCGCAAUGGUCUUGCUCCCAAGAUCGAAAAGGCCUCGCGCAAGCUUCGGAAGGAGCGUAAGAACCGUGGCAAGAAGGUUCGCGGAACGAAGAAGGGCGACUCGAAGAAGAAGUAA